GUAACAAGUAGGAUAAAAGCUGGUGCGUGCCAGCGAAGAUGGUCUCGCAAAUUCUCCAUCCGUUGCACCAUCACAGCCUUCAUCAUGUCCGCGGCAAACAAUACCGCGAAUGCUCCACCGGCGGUUUCGCCGACUGAACCUGGAACCAAUCCCCCUAGUAUCCCCAAUGGUGACGGCGACAUUCUUGUUGCAGAUGAUUUCACCGACGACGACAACGCUUCUUCCAAUGGCACAAGUCUCGCUUCUUCAAGCACGAGUGUCACCAGCUCGGUUCUUAGCUACCGGCUGGAAAACGGACGGACAUACCAUAAGUACAAAGAUGGCAAAUACUAUAUUCCCAACGACGAAAAAGAAAACGACAGACUCGACCUGCAGCACAACAUGGUCAUUCGGACGUUUGGCGACCGACUGGGAACCGCCCCGCCUAACGACGUUGGUGUCAAAGUCGGGCGCGUUCUUGAUCUCGGCACCGGCACCGGCAUUUGGGCGAUUGACUUUGGCGACGAUCACCCCGAAGCCGAUGUCACCGGAGUAGACUUGUCCGCCUCUCAACCGGAAUUUGUGCCCCCGAACGUUCGAUUCGAAAUCGACGACGUCGAAGAGCCCUGGACGUACUCUCGUCCCUUCGACUACAUCCACAGUCGCGGUAUGACUUCAAGCAUUGGUGACUGGGAUGCCUAUCUCAAACAGGCCUAUGACAAUCUCAGUCCUGAUGGUUACCUCGAGCUUAACGAGAUGGACAUCAAGCCUCUCUGCGACGACGGCACGCUAAAACAGGAUUCUGCGCUUGUGAAGAGCAUCAACAUGUUGGAAGAGGCGGCAACCAUCUUCGGUCGCCCAUUUGUGGAUAUCCGAAGCCUGAAGGACAAAAUGACCGAGAUCGGCUUCGAAGACGUCCACAUCCAACGCUUCAGGUGGCCUACAAACGGAUGGCCAAAAGAUCGAAAUUAUAGGGAGAUCGGUCUGUGGAAUUACGAGAACUUCGCCAUGAACUGGGAAUCGUUCACGAUGGCACCACUGACUAGGGCUCUCGGCUGGACUAAGGAAGAGGUGCUUCUCCACGUCAUGGAAGUCCGCAGGGACCUAGCCAACCGAAACAUACAUGCUUACUUCUCGCUUUACUCUAUUUGGGGAAGGAAGCCCAAGGAAGCCCCCGACGCAGCGGAUGCCACUGAGACAUCGGCAGCUUGAGGCGUGGAGAUAGCCAAAGAUUAGCCUGGCUUAUGUUUAGUCGGGAUCAAGACUGAGAGAACACGGAGAACACAGGUCAUAGAGAACAUACGACGGGGAAGGCCGUUUGAAUUUUAUUUACUUUACCCUCACAAAAGUACAUAACCCGUACAUUGCGAAACAUGAGCACAUGCAAUUGACAUCAACAUGG